CCCUCCUGUAUUUGCUUUCAAAUGUUCUUGAGAUAAUAUAAUGAUUAAAUGAGACGAUAUAUACUGAAAUGACGAUGUGCUUUUUGUGUUGCAAGUGCCUUCUCCACAUUCUCUUCAAACCCUCUCCAAUUCCAUUUCAAAAAACUUAAGCACCAAAUAAUGUCGGCUACCUCGCCUUUCUGGUCGUCAUUAACGGGCCUUCAACUCAUCGAGGAGGUGACCCAAAAGGCCGACGAGGUUCAAGAGCAAGUGUUGGCCCAAAUCCUGGCCCAAAAUGCCGGCACCGAAUAUCUCACGGGCUUCGGCCUCAAUGGAUCCACCGAUCGCGAGGCAUUCAAAUCAAAGAUACCGAUGACGACCUAUAAAGAUCUCCAGCCGUUGAUUAAAAGAAUAGCCGACGGUGAUCGUUCUCCCAUUUUGUGUGCUCAACCCACCUCCACAUUUCUCAUCAGCUCUGGGACUACUAGUGGUGACCCAAAGCUUAUUCCAUCUAACAAGGAUAUGCAUUUCGAAGGGCUGGACAAAGGCAAAGGGCUCAACUUCAUGUUCACGAGAGCCGAGUCGAAAACUCAAGGCGGAAUCACUGUACAAACGGCGCUCACUUACAUCCACAAGAGCGAAGAACACAAGAAACGAAUCGAAAAUGCUUUCACGAGCCCAACUGAAGUCGUUGUCUGCUCUGAUUCGCUCCAGAGCAUGUAUGCGCAAAUGUUGUGCAGCCUCUACGCACACGAACAAGUUCUCUGGGUCGGUAAUCUCUUUGCAUACGGACUCGUCCGCGCAAUCAAGUUUCUCGAGCACAACUGGCAACAACUGACCCAUGACAUACGAACCGGGUCGCUCGACCUGAAGGUGACCGAUCCGGCGAUCCGCGAUUGCAUGUCACGGAUCGCAUGGCCCGACCCUGCACUGGCAGACUCCAUUGCCUGCGAGUGUGCCAACAAGGAUUGGGCCGGGAUAAUCCCCCGAAUCUGGCCCAACGCAAAAUAUCUCAACACAAUCGUCACGGGCCCAAUGGCCCAAUACAUCCCGACCCUUGAAUACUAUGGCGGAGGACUUCCAAUAGUAUCCAUGGGUUACGCAUCAUCCGAAUGCUUUCUCGGGAUAAACCUCGACCCCACAUGUCGCCCGUCCGAGGUCUCUUACACCUUCAUGCCAUUCAUGGCCUAUUUUGAGUUCUUGUCGGCCGACGACCGCUCGGAUCCUGUUGACUUGGUCAACGUUGAGGUCGGCAAGGAGUACGAGGUGGUGGCCACUACGCUUGCCGGGCUCUAUCGAUACCGACUCGGGGACAUUGUGCGGGCUUCGGGUUUCCACAACUCGGCCCCGAAGUUCUGGUUCGUGAGACGGAAAGACGUGGUGUUGAACAUCGAUUGGGAGAACACCAAGGAGACGGAGCUCCAAGAGGCGGUGGAGAAGGCGGCCCGACUUCUCCUUCCGCACGGGAUUAGGGUGCUCGACUACACGAGUCGUGUGGACCCCACAACUGUCCCGGCACAUUAUGUCGUGUAUUGGGAGCUAUUAAACGAGAGUGAGUCAAGUGAUCAACCGCAGGCCGUGUGGGAAGAGUGUUGUGUGGCGAUGGAGGAAUCGUUCAAUUGGGUGUACCGUAAGUUGAGGGAUAGCUCGAUUGGGCCGUUGGAGAUUAGGAUUGUGAAAGAUGGGACGUUUGAAGAGGUAAUGGAGUGGGCCGUGUCACGAGGUGCAUCGCUCAGGCAGUUCAAGGUGCCCCGGUGUGUGAGCAAGCGAGAAAUGGUCGAACUUCUCGAUUCGCGGGUCGUGGCCUCGUAUUUUCGCCCGCCAUUGCCGGAUCAACCUACAGAACCGCGUUACUAGUUGAUAGAAUAUGCAUGUUGUUGUAUUUGACCAUUUAAGAAUAUGAGUUUCUAUUUACAAUUGUCUUUUAAAAUUUGUUUUAAUCUAUGCUAGUGAUUUCCAAAUAUCCAUAUAA